AUGUUCACAGGGAGCCUACGACGGAUGCUGAGCAGUAGCGCAGGAGGCGCGGCGGCGCCGCUUGUGGUCUUCUCAAAGUCGGCCAAGGCGGCUCAGAGGGAGCGGACGGGCGGAUGCGGCGAGUUUGGUGCCUCUCAUGCGGUGGAUGCUGACUUUCUCAAGCGGGAGCUUGCGGCUGUCAUUGAUGAUCGCAUGGAUGAUGUUCUGAGGGACUUCCCCACCGUGCUGGACCUUGGAUCGGCUGGUGGGGCGCUCUCGCUCCGCCUCGCCGCCCGCAAGGACGUCAAUCAGGUCAUUGCUGCAGACUCGGCUCAGGCGCUGAUGGGCAGAGAUCUGAUGCUGGCGCUCGGUCGGGAGCUUCCGAAGGAUAGCUCGGAUCGACUCUCGUUCAUCAACUCGCUGCAUCCGCGCAUUGAGCACGUGGUCCUGCCUGAGGCCGAGGACGCCAUCGCGUCAACGCUGGGUCGCCACGCACCGUUUGAUGCGGUAGUCUCGAACCUUGCACUGCACUGGAUGAACGACUUGCCGGGCGUGCUGAGCCAGAUCCUGCACUUGCUCAAGCCUGACGGUCUGUUCUUGGGCACGAUGUACGGCGGCGAGACGCUGCGGGAGCUGCGCAUUGCGCUGCAGCUUGCGGAGACCGAGCGCGACGGCGGCAUCUCGCCGCAUGUCUCGCCGCUCGCCGAGUCGCAUGCCGUCGGCAACCUGCUGACGGCCGCCGGCUACUCGCUCGUCAUGGUUGACGUCGACACGGUGACUGUUCACUACGCCGACGCGUUCAAGCUCAUGGACGACCUGCAGCUGAUGGGCGAGAACAACGCGGUGCUCUCGUCGCGCGGGUACGUGUCCAAGGACGUGCUGAUGGCGGCGGCGGCGAUUUACAACGAGCUGUUCUAUGACGCCGAGGCUGGCGGCGUCCGCGCCACCUUUGACGUCCUCAAUCUGGUCGGGUGGCGGCCGGACGCGUCGCAGCCGCAGCCGCUGGCGCGCGGCUCGGCAACAGCUUCGCUCAAGGAUCUGGGACAGGGCAGCUCGUAA